AUGGAAACGAUUAAUAAUGAUGAUAGAGGCCAAGUGCCUUUAUCAGAAGUGGGAUUUGCAGGACAAAGAUCUGAAGAGAAUAUGCAAAGUAAUAAAGCGUCGACGUCAUCGCAGGAACCCAGCUUUCUACAGAAUAUGGAAAUGUUACUAACUAGAUUAUUAGCGGCUACUCAUGCGCAACCUACGAGUAAUCCUCCGAUACAAUUGAUUCAGUUUGACCCUGAUUGUGUGGAUGCGGACAUAGAAGGUCGCUUUACGGGAGCAUGUCACCGUUGCGGUGUGCCAGGACAUAGAGCUAUUGACUGCCGUAAAAAGCGCGAAGACCCUAGUUCCGUAGAAAAGACACCGAGCCAAUCGUUUAGAAUACCUGAUAAGACGCGAGUGAUUACGUGCUAUGUAUGUGGACAGUCGGGGCACCUCGCGUCAACAUGCCCAGAAAGAAAAGGAGGGAGCAGCGCACAGAUAGUCAAGGAGGUCAACAUCUGCGAGCGCAAAUCAUCGAUGAGCACGUUAACUACAUCAUCUGGUGAGCCCGUUUCAUUUCUUUUUGAUAGUGGAUCUGCUUGUUCGUUAGUCACAUGUAGCUUUUCUAAAAAGUUUUCGGGUACGAUUGAAAAUAAUUUGGUAUAUUUAACAGGAAUAGGUAGAGAAAAUGUAAAAUGUAAUUCACAAGUUCUUAGUUCCAUCAAUGUACAAGGUAUUUCAUUAUCAGUAUUAUUUCAUAUAGUACCGGACGGCACCAUUGCAGAGCCCGUAAUUUUAGGUCGAGAUUUAUUAGAAAAUAACAUUCAUGUCGAAAUCAAUAAUGACCAUCUUAUAUUUUCAUUACGUAAAGAUAUUAGUGUAACUGAAAAACCGAACUAUUUUAAUUUUCUAAAUACAGAUCUAGACGGUGAUAAUAAAAUUGCUCUAAUUAAAAUACUGCAAAAAUACAGCGACUGCUUUAUCGAUGGCAUUCCGACACGACGUGUUUCUACAGGUGUAUUACAAAUAGAUCCGAUUGACCCCACUAAAACUGUACAAAGGCGCCCUAUAGAU